AUGCUGCUUUAUGGAUCAGAGACGUGGCCUCUACGCGCAGAGGACAUUCGGAACCAAUAUGCCUAUGACUCACGGACUGAGAGGUGCAUGAAUGAGACAAGGAUGUCCUCUUGUUCUUAUCCACCUAACGUCUCUUCUUUUUCCCACAGGCUAAUUACACCCAUGGUUGCCUCUGGUCUCAUGAUGUCAGAUUUUCAAUCGGCCGAUUCCCCCAUGUAUGGUGACAAAAUUAUGCUCCCAAUUUAUUCUGCCCUGGGCUUAUGUAACGGAACCUUACUCGUAGGCUUGUCUUCCUCCUUUGGAAAUUACUGGACAGGUGGGCUUGGCAUAUAUCGUCACUUCGAGGACGAGCUGGAGCCAAAUUCCUCCCACUCCACACUAGAUCUCACUGGCAGUUUGGAAGUGUUCACCCCAUUUGAGGCAUCAGUCGCCUCGACUGCCAUCUUGGGAGGUUCUGGAUUGCGACACAUCACAUCUGCUGCAGUUGGGCUUGACGAUGGUUCUAUUCACUUACUGCGAUUGGCAUCUAAAGAGGCUGAUACGCAAGGUAAUCAAGAAGAGUCUGGACAACUGGCACUUUCAGUUAAUUCGGCAACUUAUCACGACGCGGCAAUUCAGCGAUUGGUCGAUGGGGAGAAAAACCUGGUGUCUUUGGAUGUCGAUGGAGCGGUAAAGAUAUGGGAUGUCGAGUCCCUCAUUCCCAUCAGUUCCUGGUCUAUCGCAUCCUCGUCCUGGCCUCUUGGAGGUCGCGCGUUGCCCCCAGAUGUAUCCUUUUCACCAGAAUCAAUGAUGCUGGCCACCGUACUUCCCUGUGAUACUUUCCGUCAGCUGGCUUUGUGGGAUUUGCGCUCUUCGUUAUUGCGUGGCCCUUCGCUACGUUGUUCGAAUAUGCUUGAUUCUAGUUCAACAGAUUUACCAAGCUCGGUUGCCUGGCUUUCAUCCAAUCUGCUCUUGUUAGGCACAUUUCAUGGGACAGCACACAUUUGUGAUAUACGCAACCUUCCUGCUCCGGGCAAAUCGAAUUCAGUAGAAUCAAUGGAUGUUGGGCAUUGGUUGAAUGAUGGACUCCCAAACGCUGGUGACAAUGGAUCAAAACAGAUUUUGCAAGUCGUAACCCAAACGUCCACCAAUCACAGUGUGUCCCAGUUUGUCGCUCUCGUUGGACUUGCUGGCUCUGUUGUAGUGUUGCAAGUGGAUCCGGUUAGUCGACCAUCGCUUUUGUACAGUUACCACAACAAGCAGUCCCCAUCUCCUACAAGUCAUAUUAGACGUGGUACUGGCCUGUUCCUUCCGACGGUAGAUGCAUCGAAUUGGCGACUGUUGCAUUCCACUGGUUUGCCACAAAGCACAUGUACUGCCAAGCCUACUACUGAUCAGCCAGGUUCCUUGUUGGUUCAUUCCGGGAUGUCUCCGUCGUUUUUACCAACGUCAUCUGUUCGCCAUGUUCGGUGUCUCACUUCGGUUGAGCAAAAUAAUGAUAUACACUAUUUCAUUCAUUCUGUUGUUGCUUCUGAUUUGCGUCCGUUUGAAUCUGUUUUCGGAUUAAUAACAAUAGUACCGUAUAUUUUCAUAAAGGAAACUACUCACAAGGUUGCUGAAAACUCUUCGACAGCCCACGACCGGUUUCGCCCUUCUUGGGACUCAUUAGCCCCAAAAUGGGCGAAACCGGUCUACAGCUGUCGAAGAAUUUUCAGCAACCUUGCCACCAUACCGACGAUAUCGGUGGAGGAAGUUGGCAGUACAGAUGUUCGCAUAGUCUUUAUUUUAUCCGAAAUGCGUGCGCCACGUCAUGGUUGUUCAGGGAUUUGUGCUCCCGGCUGUUCCGGCCCAUUUCAUGUCACUGAUGCCAGUGGGGAUACUGGUCGUGUAACAGAAGUUCUGGCCAAUGGCUCUUUAGAAGCCACGCUAACUCCUCGCACGCUUAGUGCACGAUGCAGUUUGGACAAUCCCAACAAAACUUAUUUAAGAGAAUUCAAGGAGUUCCCGUCCGAUGUGGUCCCAGCACAAAGUCGAUUCCAGAUCAAAAACGGCCAGCUGAUAGUCCGGCUCAGAAAAGCUCCGGGUAGCAAAUCUUGGGUCGGAGUACUGAAAACUACCGGGCUGCGAUAAAGCAGGCCGCUCAUCAUUUACAUCAUCAUACGACUGGUUUUCAAUGUAGCAAUUAUUUUUUAUACCUCUUCCUCAAUCAUGUGUGUGCAAAAUCCGUUUUCUUGCUUUUCAUCCGCUCAGUACCCACGAACUUUUUGACAACAAAACUAUUUUGUUUCUUCCAGUGAAUGUGAGACCCGACGUUAACUUUUUUGUUAUUUUUUUCCGUUUGACACGGUUCGACUUCUUUUCUACCUUAUAGGCUAUAGCUUUAUCGGACCGAUGUGUAUUAUUCAACUGCGACGCAUCCGACUUUUGGGUUUUCUUUUUUUCGCUGUUACCUGCCUGCACUUUUGACAUCUACGGUGUGUGCUACGCGGGCCGCCGGGUGCACAAUGGUUGGGUUUGAACAGUCUCACGUCACGUUUGUUUUUCGGUAAAUCAUUUCGACGAAACUAACCAAACAGUAGCCACUUAUCACAACCGUUUGGCUCAUAAAUC